GAGGGUUGGGUUGGAUUGGACUCGACUCGCCUGGUUAACGGCGACCGCCACCAUGUUACCUCGCCUCGGCUGCCUUGUGCUGAGCCUGGCCGCGCUCACCGUGGCUCUGGCCGCCGCGCUCGAGUUCCAGCAUCACCGGUACGACGCGCUGGUCCGGGCGCUGCUCGCGGUGCAGCGGGACUGCCCGUUCAUCAGCCGCCUGUACAGCAUCGGGCGCAGCCUGCAGGGCCGGCACCUGUACGUGCUGGAGCUCAGCGACCACCCGGGCGUCCAUGAGCCCCUGGAGCCAGAGUUUAAGUACGUUGGGAACAUGCAUGGUAACGAGGUGCUGGGACGGGAGCUCCUGAUCCAUUUAGCGCGGUACCUGUGUGACGAGUACAAGCAGAGGAAUCCGCGUAUUACCAGCCUGAUCCACGAAACCCGCAUUCACAUCCUACCCUCCAUGAACCCCGACGGGUACGAGGUGGCCGCUGAUCAGGGGCCAGUGAUGAACUCAUUCAUGUCCGGACGAGCGAAUGCCCGUGGGGUUGACCUCAACCGCAACUUUCCCGACCUGCACCUGACCAUGCAGAAGAUGGAGGGCAGGAACCACCACAUCCCACUUGACAGCAACUGGGAGCAGCAGGUGGAGCGGGAGACGUACGCCAUCAUCCGCUGGGUGCAGAACUAUAACUUCAUUCUAUCCGCCAAUCUGCACGGAGGAGCCGUGGUGGCGAACUACCCCUUCGACAAGGCCCAGGAGCAGGCUGGGCGCGGCCUGUACAGGCCCACCAUCUCCAGCACACCCGACCAUGAGCUCUUCCAGAAGCUUGCCCGCAUCUACUCCUUUGCCCAUGGGUGGAUGCACAGUGGCCACAACUGUGGAGAUUACUUUCCCGACGGGAUUACCAACGGAGCCAGCUGGUACUCGCUUGCGAGAGGAAUGCAAGACUUUAAUUACCUCUACACCAACUGCUUUGAGAUCACGCUGGAACUGAGCUGCAAGAAGUUUCCGCCGGCGAACGAGCUUCAGCGGGAAUGGUACGGGAAUCGUGAAGCUCUGCUAGCCUACAUCGAAGAGGUUCACAAGGGAAUUAAAGGAAUGGUUUUGGAUGAAAAUAACAACGGGAUUGCUGAUGCUGUCAUCUCAGUUUUUGGCAUCAAUCAUGAUGUCACCACAGGUGUGGACGGGGACUAUUUCCGGUUGCUGUUACCGGGGAAAUAUAUCGUCACGGCGUCAGCAACUGGUUACGGAAGCCAGGUGGCUCACAUCAGCGUUGGUGACAAUGGAUCCACUCGGCUGGACUUCCGACUGGUGCCCAAGAUUGCCAUGCUCUCCACCAGCAUGCCCACCUUCUCACCACAACAGAACGUCACUGCCCAAGUGCCCCAUCGCAGGCUCGGGCCAAGAACGGCCAGGAAGACGCAGAGGCACCGGAAACGGAGGGACUGAGGAGCAUUUCAUCCCCCAUUUCCCCCCUCCCUCCCACUUUCUUCUCUUGCCUUCCCUCUCUCUAUUCUUCCUUCCCUCUGCCACCCCCUUUCUCCUACUCAUUUCUUCCCUUUGUCCAUCUCCCUCUCUUUUCACCCCCUCGGUCCUCGUGUCUCUUUCCAUCCACCUCGCCACUCUCCUUCCUUGACCCUACUUCCAAACCAAAUACUUUUCACUCAUUCAUCUCAGUCCUCCAAGCGAGAGGGAAGAUUUCAGGGUUGGGAUUCUGGGAGGAGCCAGGUGCAGCUACCUUUUUGUGAGAUGACAUGUUUUUUUUGUAAUAAAGAUGAAGCAACAUGGACAAAUCUGUGCCUUGGUGAACCAAAUCAGACCAAAGGUCUUUUACCUUUAAAAUCAUAUUUUCAGUGCAUGUUUUUUAAACAAAUUUAAUAUUUUGCUUUUACUUAAAUUGAUUUCAACUAAUCUGUUCCCACUAUUGGUUGACCAGUAUGUCAAUCAUCUUGACAUAUGGUCUGUCUAUGACCAAUCAGAGAGCCAAUCACUUCUUUGUUAACCAAUGGGAUGAUUGGUAAUGGUGUCAAACAACCCAUGUUUCCAAAUGGCCAAGUAUUUUUGUAGUCAGAUUUUAAAAAAUGUUUAAUAAACAAUGAAAAGAUAUUUACUUUCAUGUUUAUUUUUGCUGUGCAUAGUUUUGCUUCAUAUUUGAGGUGUUUCUUCUACAUUGCUUGCAGGAAACAAUGCAUUAUUCAGAUUUGCAUUGAAACACAGUGAAGUGUGGUACUUUCCUAAGAAGUGGGAGCCAAUACAAAGUAUGUGAGGAAGACCUGUACAGGUUGGGGAAGCCUAUUAGCAACAUAACCUAAACCUGUGCAGAUUUGGUCAGUAUAAGAGAGGAUAUUAUUAAACUAGAAAGAGUUUAUAAAAGAUUUACCGCGAUGUUGCUUGGACUUGUGGGAGGAGGGGGGUGCUGAGUUACAAAGGGAAGUUUCAUAGACCAGGGGAUUGUGGGGUGACUUAGUAGAGAUAUGUAAGAUCGUGCGGAUAGACGGGUGAAAGUACAUUGUUGUCUUCACAGAGAAUUGGUGCUGAAAUCAAGGCACAGUUCGAAGAUCAGAGGCACAAGAUUUAAAAGGGACGUUGGGGUAGCUACUCCGCUCAAAGGGUGAGUGCAUUUGGAAUGAGAAGCCAGAAGCAGUGAUUGAGCUGGGCACAUUUGGCAACAUUUUUAGAGGAAUGCAUUGAUGGGAGGGGUUCAAAGGGCUGUGGGUCAGUGGCAGUCAAAUUGGUCCAGCUCGCUGGACAAUGGUCAGCAUUGAUGAAUGGGCCAAAGGGCCUGUUUCUGUCAAAGUCAAGUUCAUUGUCAUGUGCAACAGUACCUGUCUGCACAGGUGCAAUUAAAAGAACUGGUAUAUAUUCUGUUAGUUUUAUUAUGGGUGGUGUUAGGGUGAUUAUUCAAUGAAAAUGAAGAAUUUAUAACGAGUGUAUGUGGACCAAUAUGAUAUGAAUAGCUGAGGAAAGAAGAUGACAUGGUGCCAAAUCCUUAUGAAUGGAACCCUCUCUGUAACCGGGGUAUUGACUGUAUAAUUCUGGGCAGGUUCCACAGUCUGCAUUAUUGUUACAUAGGCAACAACAAAACCGACUCUUAACUAUCAUUUUAGGUCAACUGGUCGCACCCUAUCCGCCAGGUUCCCUUUCAUCUACCCAUCCGUCUCCCUUAACUCCUCUGCUGCCUGAAGUUAACUUGUAGUUCUCGUUCUAGGUUCUAAUGGAGGAUCCAGACCUGAAACAUUCCAACUAUUUCACCCUCACAGUUGCUGCCUGACCUGCUGAGUGUUUCUAAUGUUCUCUGCUUUGCUUACAAAUACCUCUGCCUGUUGAUUGUUUCCGUGGCAGUAGACAAAGUGGGUGAUGUAGUACGGAGAGUGGGAGUACAGGUGGGACCUGUGAGGACUGAACACCUACCUUGCUUGCCCCUAAUUUUAUUCCCUCUUUACCCCUCCCUCAAUCAACCAUCAAACCAAAUUGUAUUCCUGUCCAUCAUGGACCGCUGCUGGGGGAGAAACAUUGUGGGGGUGGGAGGGGAGAAGGAGUUCAUUGUGGGAGGGAAGACCUGGGAGUAUCAUCUCUUCACCCAGCCCACCCCUUCCUCCGUGGCUGAAGUUGUGGCUUAUGAUGCUGUCGUGAUGAAGGGACUUGGCCUGAAAUGUCAGCUAUUUAUUCCCCUCCAUGGAUGAUGUCUGACCUGCUGAGUUCCUCCACCAUCCUGUGUGAGAGGCCUUAUGUUAGUUCAGAGCCAUCUCUCGGGCACUUCGGGCCAGUCAUUGCCCCUUGCCAGGUUGAUUUAGUAAACAGCACACUGGCAUAACGGUUAGUGAAACACUUAACCACCGCACCGGCAACCCAGAGUUCAAUCCAUCGCUGUCUGUAUACGUUCUCCCUGUGCCCGUGUACGUUUCGAACAGGUGCGCUGUUCACCUGGUUUUCCAAAGAUAUACGGAUUAGCAGCUUAAUUGGUCACGUGGGUGUAAUUGGGGUGCCCCAGAUACCUUGCAAUAGAUAAGUCUAAAUAAAUCUGAAAUUAAACCUAUUAAUUUCUCUUCUGACACCAGGCUGCAAUGAAGUGCCUUGCUCUGAUGAAGCCCACAGAGCAAGCAGUAUACGUGAUGAUAAAUACCGUAUAAUACUGUACAAGUAUACUGUAUAAAUACCGUACAAGUAUCAUAUACCAUACAAAUAUACUGUAUAAAUACUGUACAUAAAUUCCGUGACAAUGCA